UGCAGAUAUGUUAGGGACGUAUACCAGAUGUUCCUUCCUUGGCCUAAACACUUAAUUUUAACAACCGAUGUAACUUCUCAACUCAAAUUAAUUAUUAAUGAUUAGUGGAGUUUGAAUAUCUUCAAUAUUCAUCCGUAGUGAAGUAGGUUUUGCGAAUAUAUGUGCUGCGGUGGGAUGGAUGAACAAACUACUGUUAUAUAUGUGUUAUUUGUCGUUAUACAGCCAUAUUCAAAAUUUUUGGGGUCAUUCAAUUACAACCGUUAUGCUGCCGAAAUUUCAGUAGAAUUUGGAUAAAAUUUGAUAUAUAUAUAUAUUAUGUUCUGUUUUGUUUAGGGUCCACUCGCUCAACCGCCCUCAAGACGUGAUGCGUCAAAGGGGAAAGCUUCGAUGCUUUCUCCACAAGGCCGUGGUGCACGGGAAGAUGACUUGUUCACGGAAGAGAAGAUGGCGUUGAUCCCUAAUUUGCUAAAAUGGAUGAUUCAUGAAUUCCUGAGGCUCAAAGAUAAACGUGAUAUAAUCACAAUUCCUGUCCCCCGAGGAUUCAUUGCACCGCGUACCCAGAUCACGUUAUCUGGAGAGGAUUUGCAGCAGGUUGCUACGUGUGACUACAUCGGCAACCAGGGAAUGCUGUUUGGAAUGAUGCACAUAUGGGAGAGCAUCAACGGUCUGAGAAAAAUUUUCAAGUUUUACGACCCAGAGCUUCUCAUAAUGCAUGGGAUCAACGAUGAAGAAAAGAGUCAGUCUUUUGACGAUGCGGCAAGACGAUUGGCUAAUUGGUUAUCAUUAAUGAACAACAACCACCAAAUGUUCUUUAUUCCUUGGAAUAUCGGGAUGCAUUGGACGCUAGUGGUGGUUACGCCAAGGAAAAUUAUCCAUUUAAACCCUGUAAGUGGCCGCCCAAUUCCCGAAGUAAUAGAACAAAUGAUCGGAAGGUAAUAAUUUAAUGACUUCUUAUGUAACGAAUUUAAAUUAACUAACGAAUUGAAAUGCUAAUAUAAUUUUCCCAAACAGGGCAUUCAUGUAUAUAGGGAACGCACA